AUGAGUUUUCAUUGUUCACUCCUCUUAAAAAAGUACAUCAAAGUGCUCAGUGAUCAUUUCGGAAGAAAAAAAGGUGUGAAAAGAAGAGCGGAUUAUGAGAACGGACCGGAAAAACUGAAUGAAAAAAUAAAGAGAUGGGCAAAUAAAAAAGAUGAAGAAGAGGAGAAGUUUAAUUCGAUGAUUUCGAGUGAUGAACUGGUCGGGGGAAAUACACAAGGAGUUGACAACUGCCAGGUUAUUGUUGUUGGUCAUUGGAAAUUCGGAAGCAAUAGGAUGAUGGCAAUGUUUACGGAGCUACUGCUCAUAGGAACUCUCUUGGAUCAAUUCAAUGAAAAUAAGAAGUCGAAAAAGAAGAAGGGAGUGUACUGUUUCAAUGAUUUGUGGACAAGAUGUUUGAUGGGUUGA